AUGUCGGCCUCCCAUGCCGGCAGGAGGAGGCACCACAGCGUGCGCUUCACUUUGCGGGAGGUCAACGGGAAGGUGCCUCCUUUUUCCCGGUUAGACUUCUCCCGCGGCCUGGUUCAGAAGGUGCUCUCGUUCAAGCCUGAUGACUUGAAUUGCAUCCUGUCUCUGCCCUUCAACAGAGGGUUUAAGAAAGUGGAGCCCCAGUUUGCUGCAUUCACGGUUGAGAACCUGAAUGAUAAUUCACUGAAACAUGUGAUUGUCAGGAUGUUCAAUGAGACUGUGAGUGCAGAUGAUAUUUGUUUAUGGCUGGGAAGAUUUUGCACGGUGAAGGGCCAGGCUAUCAAGGUUAGAGAUGUGGACGGCAUUUGGACCGGCAGCUGGAGGGUUCCUGUCCAGCAAUGGCAGGACCCCCAGGGCUACCAAGGCCUGAAGCACCUGCCUAGUAUGAUAGUUCUGGGAGAAAACCGUGGCUACAUACACUACCAGGGACAACCCAAGCUCUGCCGGAGGUGUGGAGAGCACGGGCACUUGGUGGAGGCUUGCACUCAAGUGGUCUGUGGUAAGUGUAGAGAAAUUGGACACACAUUUGAAGAAUGUGCCAAUGGCAGAAAGUGUAACUUGUGUGGGGCGUCUGAUCAUCUGUUCAGAAGUUGCCCCAAAUCUUUUGCCAACAAACUGAAGGCCGGUAGAUCCGAAAAUGGACAAGGUGGAGGUCCAAUUGAGUUAAUUGGAGAGGAGGGGCUGGCUGUUUUUACUGUAAACUUCUUUUAG